GCAGUGGCGCCGUACACUCCGCCAUUGAGGGACCCACGAUCAGGAGGAAAGGGUCAGAGAGGCACUUCGACAAGCAGCAGCUGCACGUUUUCUCCAGUCUCCAACCUCAACUUUGGCUUGAGAUACCGUUUUUAACGCGUGACUCUCGCUCUCCCCGUGGAUGAUUUUGUAUGACGGCGGCGUGUAUCGUCUCCACCGAGGAACGCGUGUGUGUGUGUGUGUGUGUGUGUGUGUGUGUUUUUUUUUUUUUGUUUUUUUUUUUUAAACCAGAUUCUAGAAGUAACGGGCAGCGGAGAACCUGAGCUAGCGGCGGCUAUAGCGAGGCUACAUAGCAGGCUAGCUGCGUUAGCUAGCGACCUGGCUAGCUGCACACGAGCUGAGCAUUGCUCGGUGGUGGGGCUUUUUUUGGGGGGGGGGGCGUAGUGCCUACAGUGUCGUUUGAUGGAUCCGAGAAUCGCCUGGUUUCAACCAGAACAACGUGGACCAGCUAACAACCUGUGGAUGCAGAUCUGGGAGACGACACAGGGGCUCGGGUACUUGCAUGUAAAUAACAGCUACACCACUGGAUCUCAGAGCACGUCGAGCCUGAAAGCGACCGUCAACGGAGCGCCGGGAGCCGUCCUCACCAGCAGAAACGGAGCACUUGACUCAAACACCGGUAGCGGUGAAGCUAGGACUCAGGGGAUGUCGACCUCAAUGGGGAACGGAGAAAUAGCGGAGCAGCGGGACUUUAUACCACUGGAAACCAAUAGCAACCACAACAACCGAGCCGCUGGCAGGGGCGGUGUCGGCGGAGGGGGCCAGCAGCAGCAGCAGCAGCAGCAGGGCAGCGGGGUCGCCGUGCUUUGGAGGGGGCUAACGGACGGACACCCCAACAAAAGGAAAAGAGACAACAAAGCUAGCACUUUCGGAUUCAAUUCCAGCCUCUUGAACAGUGGCAGCGGCCCCAACACGGGAGGAUAUGACGGUUACACGGGCACGCCAUGGAAAGUCAGGAACUACUCAGAAGGAAUUAUCGGGUUACACGAGGAGGUCAAUGACUUCUAUGAUUACAUCUCCCCGCGGCCUGAGGAGGAGAAGAUGAGACUGGAGGUGGUGGACAGAAUCAAGGGAGUCAUCCACGACCUGUGGCCCAGUGCUGAGGUCCAAGUGUUCGGGAGUUUCAGCACUGGACUUUAUUUGCCAACAAGUGAUAUCGACCUGGUCGUUUUUGGGAAGUGGGAGACUCUUCCACUCUGGACGCUGGAAGAAGCUCUCAGGAAGAGGAAUGUUGCAGAUGAGAACUCCAUCAAGGUUUUGGACAAAGCCACGGUUCCCAUCAUCAAACUGACCGACUCCUUCACUGAGGUCAAAGUGGACAUCAGCUUCAAUGUGAAGAGCGGUGUUAGAGCUGCCUGGCUCAUCAAGGAGUUCAAAGAGAAAUACCCUGUGCUGCCUUACCUGGUUCUGGUCCUGAAGCAGUUUCUACUGCAGAGGGACCUCAAUGAAGUUUUCACCGGUGGAAUCGGCUCCUACAGUCUCUUUCUCAUGGCUGUCAGCUUCCUGCAGCUUCACUACAGGGACGACGUGUGCAGUCCCAACAUCAACAUCGGCGUUCUGCUCAUCGAAUUCUUCGAGCUCUACGGUCGCCACUUCAACUACCUGAAAACGGGUAUCAGGAUAAAAGAUGGCGGUUGCUACGUUGCCAAAGAUGAGGUCCAGAAGAACAUGAUGGAUGGCUACAGGCCCUCCAUGCUCUACAUUGAGGACCCACUGCAGCCAGACAACGAUGUUGGUCGGAGUUCAUACGGUGCCAUGCAGGUGAAGCAGGCAUUCGACUACGCCUAUGUGGUGCUCAGCCACGCCGUGUCACCCAUCGCCAAGUACUAUCCCAAUAACGAGACGGAGAGCAUACUUGGCCGAAUAAUCAGAGUAACGCAGGAAGUGGAUGAAUACAGGGAAUGGAUCCGAAAGAACUGGGGGAGCCCGUCUCAGAAUGAUGUGCCACUCAACAGAAAUGACGUCACGCUGUUUGAGUCCCAGCAGCUCGACGAAUGCAACAACAACGUUCCGGACGACGACGAUGAAGAUGUUGUCGUAGUUGUGCCGUCGGUCCAAAACAGCAAAACCUCCUCCAACUCCUCGUCUCCGUCUCCUUCACUGCGCUCCUCUCCCUCCUCUUCUCCACUGUCGCCUUCUUGCACGUCCUCAACCUCCAGCUGCAGCGAUGCGGACUCUGACGGCACGCCGUGUAAGACAGCCAAGCAGCAGCCUGGCCGGGGCUCCAGCGCCCACAGAGAAAAGUCUGCCGUCGUCAAUAAUCACAGAACACAGAGCCACACUACCAGCACUCCAUCUGGAAGCAACAAGGGAGGAAAGGCCAGGAUGUCCCGUUCUCACCAGAAGAGCGGCCACCAUGGGCAGCAGAGCUCCUCCUCCAGCACCAAAAGUCAUCCGAGCAACAAGCCACACCACCAGGGCAACAGCAAGAAGAGGAAAAAUGUGCGAGACUCUACACAGGAAGACCUCUGCAGAUAGGGGUGACCUCACUUGUCCCCACCCCUCGGACCCCAACCCCCACCCCGUCCUUGUCUGCAACUGACUGACUGUCCUGUCCCACUUCUGCUGCCAGACUCCAGCCUCGGGAGGUUGUUAGAAGUAUUAAAACAUCUAUACUAUCUGUCUCUGUUGAGCUUUUCGGGGUGACGAGCACCGAUUUCUAGCAGGAAAAAAAAAAAAAAAAAAAAGAACAAAAAAAGAAUUGUCAUAGGAAAUGGGGUUUAAUUUCUUGGACCUAAACUGAAAUCACAAAGGAUAAAAUGCUCAUUUGCUUCCCAACAGCUUCUUUUACAGGAGUGGUUUGUUCUCCUCACAGCCAGCACCCUACACAACAUGCCUCUUGCGCCUCCUGCUGUACAGGAAUAGACAGUUCGGGUGUCUGGAAUCAACUCUGGAGCAAUACCUGGAACUGCUGGCUGGAAAAUAGGAUCAAAAAUUUUAUCAAAAGAAAAAAAAAAAGGAGAAAAAGGCAAAUGGCUUAAAAUGUACAAAAAGAAAAAUGUUAUGUUGAACUUAAGAAAAAUGUGCACAGAUUUUUAAGAUGGUAACUUACAAAUGCAAUCAGUAAGAGUGGGACAUAACUUAUGCAUGAGAAUUUUUUUUUUGUUGGUUGAUUUUUCUGUUGGUUUAAUCUGUUUUGUUAUGUCUAAAAACAGGUUAUACAAAGAUUUGUACAAAAAAUGCAUACGCAGAAAAAGGUAAAAAAAAAAAAAAAAAUACAAUUAAGAAGAAAUGUUUCAUAUUACCUUUUUACAAGAUAUACCGAUUGAAGACAUGUAAACGUGCACAUCUUGUGCCCGCAGCUUUCUGGCCAAAGCCGAGAGCUGGUUCGGGUCCCAUUGCCAACAACAUAAAUCAUCAGCAUCUACUUUUACUCCUGGUUGCUCUCUGUGAGUUUGCUACAGUGUUAACAUUUAGCCUUUAGUGAGCCACUGCUCACAAUACAGCCCUAUAGACGCCUGGGUGGAGCCUGUCCUCUCACCCAGCUCAAAUAGCACAGCCACAACAGUGUAGAGGCUUUAAGACUACAGGUUUAAAUUAAUAAGGGGUGAUAAUGGUUUUAUUCUAAAAUCCGACACUUGAAAAGAAAAAAAGAAAAGAAAAAAAGAUGUGUUAACGAUACAACUGUGGGUGAUAAUCUGUUUCUUUGGUAAUUUACCCACUGCGUAUUUGUUAAAUGUAUUUAUUUUUUAUUAAUUAUAUGAAUAUAGUAUGGAUAUAUGUAUUAUUAACAUUAGAGCCCAUAUAUUUGAGUCCUAUAUUUGAAAUAGGAUCUGUUGCGGGGAGGUGGGGUGGGAACAGGUAUAUUCAGGUACAGUAAAAUACCACCUUUUAUUAUUUCAUUGGGGAUUUAUUUUCCUUUUUUUUUUUUUUUCAUUCAGUGACAGUUGAGUGACCAAGUUACUUUGGAAGGUUUGAGAGACCGUUUUACAAGUUCUCGGUGAGAAUUUCGUUUUAAUAUGUGGCUGGUCUACUUACUCUAAAAGGGAGCUGAUUUUUUAUUUUAUAUGAUAAACUAUCACAGCACCACACACUUCAAAUAUGUCAAUCCUCCCUCCCCCCCAUUGUCAUUGCAGUACAACAACUUACCUGUAGAUGGAGUCAUCGCUCCAAGUCUGAACCCACAGAAUUUGAGCUUGUAUACUGCAUUUUUUUUUCCUCAGUGUUUUAUUUUGGUUUAUCUCUGCGUUAUUAUUAUUUUUUGUUGUUGAUUUGACUGAUAAUAUCCUGAUACUUCCACUGAAUGAGCAGCUGCACCUGGAUAAAACCUGUUGAGCUGAGUGCUUUGCUGGAGGGAGUAACACACCAAAGCACACCACAAACCUCUUAUUGUCUCUCUCCUGAUGUGACGACGACAACAACAACAACAAAAAGAAAUCACCCCCACAGUAAAAUCAAACAAGGAGCCAGCAAUAACAGCCACCUUACAUCAUGUAUCGUUACUGUACUGCAGCUACAGGAUGUCACGCUCGCUUGCUGGGCAACUCUAAUCUCCUGUGUUGAGAUGGUGAAGCACAUUUGAUAGAAGUCCUUGCGAUUACUUGGGUGUUGCAAAGUUGAAAGUACGGUUUCUUUUCCCCACCUCCACCACCAUCACCUCCCGUUCCUCAGAGCUACAAGUUGCGGUUUAAAUGCAGUAUAUAAGCGCUGGUCUUGUGGUAGACUGACGAAGGAGAAAAAAAAAAAGGUGAACUAAAGUUAGCCGUGCCAUCUUUGAAUGUCCACUGACCAUUUCUCGUCACUGCAGGAAGGCUUUCGAACCCAACUGUACUCAUCUGAAACGUUGUUUCUCUGCAGCUAUUUACAAUUCAUGCAAUAAAAACAGUACAAUUUAAAAAAAACAAA